UACGAGUGGUGGCCGCCGCUCAUCGGUCCUGGGAUAGGCCAGGGCUACCCAGCCGAGUACACGCAAUACCAGACCGGCCACGUCGUCUCGCCGUACACCGGCCUGCCCAACUCGGUCAUCAGCUUUGACGCCGAGCAGCUUCCACCAGACUUCAUGCUGCAGCAGGCCGACCCCAAUUUACAACAGUCCAACAUGUCUCCUUACCCGCCGCGCAGCGACCCGCGCCACCCACAUGAUCCACGGUAA